AUGACUGGGGUCACUUUUGUGUCUUUAAGGACCAAUCAGCACUACAAAGCCAACAACUUUGGGAGCUGUCAGUGGCCAACACCUUCACCGGGUGCAUAUGCUGUACGGGAUUUCCUUGAAGAAGCCCAGCUCAACCCAGUGAAACCCACAUACAAUUUUAAAGGAGAAGGCAGAAAGAGACCUUCCAUCUUUCAUCCAAAAGCGGACCUUUCCAUUCCGGGUGUUUACACAUAUAUGCCUCCUAGUUUUACUGAUUUAGCAAGAAAAGGGCUAGCAACAUAUUCAUUCAAAAGCACACCGAGGAACAGUUCCAACACCUUAAAUUUCAGAGAUAAGAAUAUUGACCUUGCACCAGGACAAUACAACCUGCUCCCUCCUGAAGUUCCCAAGUUUGCAUCCAAAGUCUCCCCACCAAUCAGCACAGAGGGGCAGGGCCUCAUUGAAAUGACUGUGAAAUCAGCUCUUCAGGCCAGGAAACUGCAAAAAUUGCUUGAUCUUGCCAUGAGUAAGGAAACGCUUCAUCCUAUAUGCUCAAGCUUCCAGUCCAAAGUGCCACGGUUGCUGCCAAUCCGUUCAAAAAUACCAGGCCCAGGAGCUUAUGAGCCCACAAGACACUUUCCACAGCAACCACGGACUAUUGAGAGCCUAGGUAAAGAGCACAGCAUCUUCUUCAGCAACACACUUGGGUUUUAGAAUAAAAACAGUCAACAUACCAAAUUCCAAAAAGUGGAUUCUGAGUGAAAAAACAAUCUUCUCCCCCUAUUCCCAGUCUACUUUUCAUCAUCACCCAGCUGCAUAUGUACAUGAAACCCAUGCCAUUAGAAACUCAGCAUUUGCCAGCAGUUGUUACAUUUAUUUCCUACUCUCCGUUGGAAAAAAACCCAUAUUUAUUAUCAUCAAGUAUUGACUGUUGAACAGAUACUGCUGCAAGUACUACUGAUAGAACUCACAUUGGUAACGUUAUACAACAUCAAAUAUUAUUAAGCACAAGCAAUUGGAAAGAAAGAUGAGAAGAGAUAAGAGGAACAGAGGGGUAAGUGUCUGAGGCUGCAAACAAAUGUCGCAUUUUAACCUGGGAGAAACCAUUUUAUCCCAGGAUGAAAUGCGGUUGUUCAGAUGUCCAUGCCCAUUGUCCCUGGAUAAAUCCUAAAAAAAUGUUUCCCAGCUAAAAGGUAGUAAAUGUUUACCUAAGGAUAUUGCAAAGUACAUCUGUACAGUUAUCCUGGGAUUGCUUCAUUGAAUCAAUGGCAGAAGAGUGGUAGUGAAUUCAGCUUAUCACGAAACCCUGAUUAGAAAGGUAAUGUGUGUACAUACCAAUCCAAGAAUAUUUUCGUUCCGAGACAAACACAGGCACAGCUUAUCCAGGGGCAAAUGCAACAUCUGUUCCUAGCCUGAGAGGGCAGCUGGAAGUGACUGAGGGUGUGCCUAUUUGUGAAAAUAAGCAUGACUAAAUUUAAUGCACA